AGUUUGAGUGUUACCAGCUUUCGCUAUGCAGCGGCCAAGUGCUGCUCGGGCUGAGAAUUACCAGCUUUUGUGGGAUACUAUUGCUUCCUUAAAACAAUGUGAGCAAGCUAUGCAACAUGCCUUCAUUCCGGUCAAUGGGACAGAAAUUGAAUAUGAAUUUGAAGAAAUUACGCUGGAGAGAGGGAAUUCUGGCCUGGGAUUCAGUAUUGCUGGAGGGACAGAUAAUCCCCACAUUGGAGAUGACCCUGGCAUAUUUAUUACGAAGAUUAUACCAGGAGGUGCUGCAGCAGAGGAUGGCAGACUCAGGGUCAAUGAUUGUAUCUUACGGGUGAAUGAGGUCGAUGUGUCAGAAGUUUCCCACAGUAAAGCUGUGGAAGCCCUCAAAGAAGCAGGGUCUAUUGUUCGGCUCUAUGUGCGCAGAAGACGACCAAUUUUGGAGACUGUUGUGGAAAUCAAACUGUUCAAAGGCCCUAAAGGUUUAGGCUUCAGUAUUGCAGGAGGUGUGGGAAACCAACACAUCCCUGGAGACAACAGCAUUUAUGUAACUAAAAUCAUAGACGGAGGAGCUGCACAAAAGGAUGGAAGGUUGCAAGUAGGAGACAGACUGCUAAUGGUAAACAACUACAGUUUAGAGGAAGUAACUCAUGAAGAGGCAGUAGCAAUAUUGAAGAACACAUCAGAUGUAGUUUAUCUAAAAGUUGGCAAACCCACCACCAUUUAUAUGACUGAUCCUUAUGGUCCACCGGAUAUUACUCAUUCUUACUCUCCACCAAUGGAAAACCAUCUACUCUCUGGCAACAAUGGCACUUUAGAAUACAAAACCUCCCUGCCCCCCAUCUCUCCAGGAAGGUAUUCACCAAUUCCAAAGCACAUGCUUGUUGAAGACGACUAUACAAGUCAUUCUCAACAUAGCACGGCAACCCGUCAGCCUUCAGUGACUCUCCAGCGGGCCAUCUCCCUGGAAGGGGAGCCCCGCAAGGUGGUCCUGCACAAAGGCUCCACUGGCCUGGGCUUCAACAUCGUGGGCGGGGAAGAUGGAGAAGGGAUUUUUGUAUCCUUCAUUCUGGCCGGGGGCCCAGCAGACCUGAGUGGGGAGCUGCAGAGAGGAGACCAGAUCCUAUCGGUGAAUGGCAUUGACCUCCGUGGAGCGUCCCAUGAACAGGCAGCUGCUGCACUAAAGGGGGCUGGACAGACGGUGACAAUUAUAGCACAAUAUCAACCUGAAGAUUACGCUCGAUUUGAGGCCAAAAUCCAUGACCUACGAGAGCAGAUGAUGAACCACAGCAUGAGCUCCGGGUCCGGGUCCCUACGAACCAAUCAGAAACGCUCCCUCUAUGUCAGAGCCAUGUUUGACUAUGACAAGAGCAAGGACAGUGGGCUGCCGAGUCAAGGACUUAGUUUUAAAUAUGGAGAUAUUCUCCAUGUCAUCAACGCCUCUGACGAUGAGUGGUGGCAAGCCAGGAGAGUCACGCUGGAGGGGGACAGUGAGGAGAUGGGGGUCAUCCCCAGCAAGCGAAGGGUGGAAAGAAAGGAACGUGCCCGAUUGAAGACAGUGAAGUUUAAUGCCAAACCUGGAGUGAUUGAUUCAAAAGGGGACAUCCCCGGAUUAGGUGACGACGGUUAUGGGACAAAGACUCUGAGAGGGCAAGAAGACCUCAUUCUUUCCUAUGAGCCCGUCACAAGGCAGGAAAUAACCUAUACCCGGCCAGUGAUUAUCCUGGGCCCCAUGAAAGAUCGGAUCAAUGAUGACUUGAUAUCUGAAUUCCCUGAUAAAUUUGGCUCCUGUGUGCCUCAUACUACAAGGCCAAAGCGUGACUACGAGGUGGAUGGCAGAGACUAUCACUUUGUCAUUUCCAGAGAACAAAUGGAGAAAGAUAUCCAAGAGCACAAGUUUAUAGAAGCCGGCCAGUAUAAUGACAACUUAUACGGGACCAGUGUGCAGUCUGUGAGAUUUGUAGCAGAAAGAGGCAAACACUGUAUACUUGACGUAUCAGGAAAUGCUAUCAAGAGGUUACAAGUUGCCCAGCUCUAUCCCAUCGCCAUCUUCAUUAAGCCCAAGUCUCUGGAACCUCUGAUGGAGAUGAAUAAGCGUCUAACAGAAGAACAAGCCAAGAAAACCUAUGAUCGAGCAAUUAAGCUAGAACAAGAAUUUGGAGAAUAUUUUACAGCUAUCGUCCAAGGAGACACCUUAGAAGAUAUAUAUAACCAGUGCAAGCUUGUGAUUGAAGAGCAGUCUGGGCCUUUCAUCUGGAUUCCAUCAAAGGAAAAGUUAUAAAUUAGCUACUGCGCCUCUUGACGACGACAGAAGAGCAUUUAGAAGAACAAAAUAUAUAUACUAUACUACUUGGAGGCUUUUAUGUUUUUGUUGCAUUUAUGUUUUUGCAGUCAAUGUGAAUUCUUAUGAAUGUACAACACAAACUGUAUGAAGCCAUGAAGGAAACGGAGGGGCCAAAGGGUGGGACAGAAGAGACAUUGCAGAAUGCAGGAAGGCUUUGGUUGGCUCAAAGUGCCAGGUGUAGGGAUGAACCUCUGAUGGGCUUUCUUCCCAAGAGAUGGGAGCCUCCUCACCCCAGCAGAUGUCCAGAGCUGAUUUAGCUGCUGAGCUCUCUGUGUUUUUUGCUUUAAAGAAAAUUUGCCAGCACUCGAACCUCACCAACCUUCCCAUUACCCACAUCUGUAAUUGAUACACUUCGAAUUUUAUAACUAUGCACAUCCUUUGAUUUCUUAACAAGCAAAUGAAAGAAGGAAAAAAGAAAGGAAUCCCUUGGAAGACGGCAUACUAUCAGGGAAGGAUAAGUGUGUAGUUUUUUGACUGGCAUCUGCAAAGACAAGCAUUUGAUAAAAUUCGCAAGUGUAUGGAGGACUAACCUCACUGAGAGGAGGGGAUUCCACCUGGGAUUAGCUUUAUAAUCGUUGAUUGUCUAUUUUGCCAUUUAUAAACUGAAAGAAGGCACUAAAGAUGAGAAUAAUUUAUACAAUAAAAAUAUAUUAAAUGUAUAGAAAUGAAUUUCUAUAGGUUAAAAAGUUUUGUGAACUAUUUUGUAAAGACUAAUUGAGAGACUAAAUGUAUGCACUAUCAGCAGAUGAUCAAAUUCAAGAACUGAAAGUUGCACUCUCCCUUUUGUUGCCAAUGAUCCACUAAGAGCAUCUGAGUUCCUUCCAAGUCUGACAAAGACUUUUUCCUCACUUACCUCCCAUGACCUCCCUUCCCCAUUAGCAAUACACCAUCAUGGAGCACAUCCCUUAAUGAGUUGCCCUCCUAGAUUUUUUGGAAGACAUUUGAGUACUGCAUUUUUAAGCUGAUGACUUUUUGGAGAAAAACUUGUGCAAAUGUCCUAAAAACAAGGUUUUGCUUUACUCUAGUUAAAUAAUCUGGGCCUGCCAUGCAAAUAGUUGAAUAACAUGGAUCCUACUUACCUUAAAUACAAUUCUUAAGGACCAUUCAGUAUUUUGGCCAACCAUGAGUAAUUAGGAUUAUAAUUUUUUUGCUUCACAGAGUGAGAGUUUUUUUAACAGCCAGAGCCAUACUAGAGCCAUGGGACCAUCUGUCCCAAGAUGCACUAUUUCUUUGAGGAAGAAGAGAAAAGCAGUAUCUGAUUGGGCGUGAGGGAUGCAGACUUCUUGCUUCUGUACACAGGGCAGAGAGAUAGAACCACAAGGGAAGACAAUGACUUUGAGCUCAACCAAUUGAACUGCCUUUUGGGGGCUGCACCUGAACCAAGUGUUUUUUUAACAAUUAUGAUAAUGAUGAUUUAAAAAAAAAAAAAAAAAGAAACCUCCCAAAGCCUAUAAACUGAAACAGAAGAGUUAGUUUCCCACUUUAGAGCUGAUGGUAACAUCAGCAUUGCUUUGCCCAAGGUGUUUAGAGAGAGACUUUUCAGUGAUCUCAGUAACCACUCAACUCUGGGUUCUGUCCAUGCCCAGACUAAGCCCCAUCGCCUUAUUUCUGGGGUACAUCCAGACCUGGCAGGGAUUCUGCCACACUGUGCAGCAAACCAGCAUGUAGGCUGGGGUGGGAGAGCAAGAGAUAGAGCUAUCAGAGUGGUGGGGCUUCUUCACAAUAAGAACAUCCAGAGCUCAGAAUGAGAGUCUCUUUCCAAAAGCAAGCAUUGUCCAUCUUAUACUGGUCACCAUUGCCUGCCAGGCUGCAGUCACCAAAACAAAUACAAAAAUGCAAAAUUAUGCAUCUUCCUCUAGUCUUGAGGCUGCCUUUGCCAGUGGAAGGGCUAGCAAUGCAUUUCCCUCUGAUGAAAGUUAAAUUUCCAGAGACUUCCUUAGAGUGCUCAAAAUGUUAAAGAUGUGUCCAUGUCUGCAAUUCGCCAGUUUGGGGUCAAGGCCUACCUUCAUCAAUAUUGCUCCCAGAAGUCUUUUGCCACCAGAAUGCCAUUCCUGAUCCCAGCUCUAUUUUUCGGCCACCAUGAUAACUUCUUUGGUUUCUCAACUGAGCAUGCAACCAUUUAUUUAAAGGACUGUCAUUAAUGAGUAGCUGUUUUCGUGGGUUGUGUGAUGUGCUUUCCAUUUACUAGUGUUGCUGUGGCUGAGUACAAUCAAAUUGAACCACCAACCCUUGGUUUUGUAGUAAUAUAAUUAUUUAUUUUCCUAGUGUAGAUGCUUCCAGAUUAGAAUCAGCAUUUGCACUGAUUUUUUUAUGUAGAUUUAUAUAAAUAUAUAUACAUAUAUAUUUGCUUGAAGAAUCACCAAGCAAAUUGGUGAGAGGGUCUUUUCCUGUAGAAUUUCCACCUCCAUCUGUUGUGUUGUCUUGCGCUUCCCAAUGUUGAGGUCUCUAAGGCUCCAAUGAACUCGUGUAUUUUGCAGCAGGUCUGAUGACUUGUGUGGAAAUGCCAUGAAAGUUACCCAGAUUACAUCUGGUGCAAGUGCACUCGGAGCCUGGGGCCAGACUGGUGCUAACACUGCAAACUUUGUCCAGAGCUCUCUCCAAUCUGAAGGCUUGCUGGGGGCGCAAUGUCACCUUCACACGCUGAGCCCUUUCGAAAAAGUGCCAGAUCGUGUCACUGGUGCUAUUUUUCAUGCUCUGGUACAAUGUGUAGCACCACGGGGGUCUCAGCUUUACCAAAAUCCAAAUGCUAUUUGUCAGAAAUUGCAGGGGCGUUCUGUUUUUGCUCUCCUUCCAUAGGCUGCGUUGGCCAUUUAUUUGCAGGCCUUUUCUCCCAGCCCCGAAUCCUUGGGUUGGCUGUCUGCUUAGUGAGCCGGUCUUUCCGGAGCCCCACACAGGGCCUCUGUGCGCUGUCUCUUCCGCCGGCCCUUCAGGACGCCGAGCCUGGAAGCACCUCCAGGCUCUGGCUCAUGACCCUUCCUCAUUCUUUGCCUCUGCUCUCCUCCUUCUAUUUCAAUCUCAUUCCUUCUCUCUUUUUGGUCCCUUUCCUCUUUCCCCUUCCUUCCCACCACCCCUGUUGACUUUCUCCUAUGAUCUUUCUGUCCAUCCCUCCUCCUGUCUCAUUCUCUUUUCCUUCUUAUUCCCUUUUCCCUUCUUGUCCCAUCCUUUCUCUUCUGCUCACGUCUCUAUCAUCUCCUGCCCCACCCCCCAUUCCUUGAUUUUUCUGUCCUAUAAAGGGCUCAUGGCUGGUUCAGACAGCAAGUCCUCAUGCUGGACUAAUGACACAAGUUCUCUGGGUGGCCGUUUCACCUACUCAGCCCAGAGAGCCAAGCUAAGUGCGAGGUCCUGGCCUGGAGCUGGCUCCCGCGCGCACCUGGAGCCAGCCUGCACCGCUGCCCUGGCAGCGACGAUGCACGUGCUGUGGGCCCCGGCAGCGCCUGGGUGCCUCUGCCCAAACGCUGCUCCUAAGUGCGCCCACUCCCAACACUUUCCGUGGCUCUGAGGACACACUUCAAUAAAGGCAGACUCUGGCCCCAACAAUUACUCUGACAGCAAACCUCUUCCUUCUCAUUGAAGCCAUGCCAUCGCCUUGGUUUGGAGAGAGACAUUUUCCCCCAUUCAUAAGGUUUCUUUUUCCCAUUUUCAUGUGAAGCCCCCUCUGCUUUUCAAGCUGGUGAUUGCUCUGGUGAGAAUGAGUGGACUUGCUGGUGAAAUGACAUCUCUUCUUUCCUGUCUUGGUCCUGCCUAAAUUCUUAACAAAAUAUUUAAGCCAAGGACUCAGGCUAGCUCCUAAGUUAAUCAUAUUAAUUGGUCACCACGGAGGGGGGGGGGGAAGGAUCAAUUCCCUUAAAGCAUGUGGAGUACCUCCUGUGACAACUGAUUUGCCAGGGGACUCCCUACAGAAUUCUGUGGCUAUACAUUUUACUUCUGUGUAUGUAUGAUGUCUCUGGUAUGCAUAUCAUAUAUACACAUAUGCCAUUAGGUAUGAAUGAUGUGGUUGGAAACCCACACACACUCUCCAGUCUGUAAAUAUCCUUCCUCACUGAAAUCUGUGCUUCAGAAAUCAUUUCUUGUACAGCUGUGCAGUUUCUUGUAGCAGCUAAGGUCAGAGCUAAGACAGGCAGACAAUUUAGACAAAGGUCAUCUAAAAGAGUACAGUGUCUUCCUAGCAACUCAUGAGGACAGACAACCAGGUGGCAAGGUUGACUCCCAAUGGGAUGGCAAGCUUUUCUUCUCUCCUUUUUGAUUUGUGUUUCCUAAAUGUGUCUUAACUUCUGAGUGCACCAGGCUGUACAAUUCUUUCGAUAUGACAAUUUUGUGCUUCUCUGACAGGAUGUUUCUCCAUGGAGCUGUAGUGCAGGAUGGGAGGGAGUGGGGGAAUACUCUUUGCCUGGAGUUUACAGAGACACUGCACAGCUUACACUCCUGUUAAGUGUAAAUAUUCAACGAUUCCAUUCCAUUUGUGUAAAAAAUAAAGCACACACGAUUAUAAAAUCAAGAUGUAUAUUUCAUACUCAGUGUGUCUGUGUAUAUUUAUUGCGUUUCAGUUGUGAGCCGUGGUCCCCCAUUGUAAAAAUGCCUGAGAGAGUGUUUAUAAACAUGUCGUGGUUUUAUUAUUAUAAGAUACAAAUAUUAAAACAUUUUAUACUUUAUAGCAAA